UCCCCCAACCACUGUACACUGUACACUGUACAUCACACCACAGCACCAAUGGUGUUCAACCCGCUCUCACCGUCGUCGGCUUCGGGGACGUCGCCCCCAGCGUCGGGAGGCUACGGCCUGCUCGACGACGUGCCACCAUCGUAUGACAGCAUCUCGACGCCGUCGGCCUCGGCGCCGUCUGUUGCUGGUGGCAGCUCGAGUGGUGCUGCCGCUGGGCCGUCGCGCGCCUGGCCUGAGAACAUGGACGCACUGUUUACUGGCCCGCCCAACGGCGAGCCACUGAUCACGCGCACGCGUGCCGGCGAGCUGCCGACCAUCGAGACGCACUUUGUCGGCAAGGCCACCAAGAACGGCCGCCUCGAGAGCUGGGACAAGCAGCUCAACGACCCCGUCGUCCUGUACGACUUUAUCCGCGCCCAGGCGCUCAAGCACCCCAAGGUUGUGAUCCGCUGCAAGGGAACUCACCAGGAAACCGCAUCGCACUCGGGCAUGGUCAUCUCCAACGGCUCGCCGCAGCACGUGCAUGCUGGGACCAAGUACACGGUCGUCGACUUUGACUUCACCAUCGACCUGACCCCCAUCCUCGAGCACACGGAGAACUACGCCAACGUGCACCUGCAGGCCAAGCGCGCCCAUGUGCCCGCCUACCGCGGCGGCUUCCAGCGCACGUACGGCACGGCCGUCGCGCCCAACGCCUUCCUCGGCACUGUCAGCCGUGGAAAGGUUGCGUCGUGGAGCGAAAACAGCCGCUGGGACGCCUGGGCCCAGUUCAUGAAGAUGCGCGGACGUGCCCCGUGGUCGGACAUGGAGGCGGACGAGGAGUUCCGCACGACCUACAAUCGCGUCCCGUCGGCGUCCAUCGCGCUCGGCACUGACGAGGAGGCCCUCCUCGGUGGCCAGAUGCACACUGAUGACGAAACCCCGCUCCGCCAAUGGUGCGAGGCGUACUGCGCCGACCCCGGCAUCCUCAAGAGCUUCACCCUCUCCAAGGCUAUCUGGGGCUGGGACCUCGCCAACCUCAAGAUGGCCAUUGAGAGAGCCAUCCUUUCGACAGGAUACGAUGGCAUGCUCGACGGCUACAACGUCCACAUCGACUACCAGUUUGACGAGGACUACCAGGUCGUCGUGCGCCCCGACAACUGGCUCGUCCGCAUCGUCAACCACCCGUUCUGGUUCAUCAUGCUCUGCGUGACGUGCAUCUACCCCUUCAUCUGGAUCUGGCAGCGCCUGUCGCGAUACGGCGGCGGAUCGUACGAGGUCGCCGUCGCGAGCUACGGCAUGAAGUUCUACCCUCCUCUCCCAUCGACCUUCCCCGGCGAGACGAUCGACCAUGCCCGCGACCGCCUCCCGGCCAUGUUCAAGCUCCAUCCCGAGGUGCCGAGAUACCCCUUCCUCCACCGUGGACCCAGGGGCAUCCACUACCUCCUCGGCCGGCGCGAGGGCGAGUGGUUCCGCGAGUGGGAGGAGCGCAUCCGCAUGGCCGUGCGCAUGAAGUACUCUGGCGAGCUCGUCAACACGCGCGUCGCCGAGGAUGAGGAGCCCCCCGAGCUCGACGACAACGCCGAAGCUGGACCCUCGCGGCCACGGCGAAAGCGCCAGCGCAUCGAGAAAGGGCCGCGCGGUUUCGACUGGUACUAUGCCGAUAUCUCGUCUCACAUUGCGACCUCGCGGCUCAACGCCACCGGCCAGUAUCGCCCGCUCAACGUAUCGAUCUACCCGCCCGGCCUGACGACGUGGACGGCGAACGAGAAGGGCGCAUUCUUCGCGUCCCUCGCUCGGCACUCGCGCCUGCGCCCCGACCUCAUCGCAGAGGAGGUGGGAAAAACGCAGGCGGAGGUUCAGAUAUACCUCGACUGCCUGGCGUACGCUGUGAGAACUCUCGGCCGGCGUCGCGACACCAACGAUGACUUGGCCAAGUGGCGGGAUCGCGUGUUCGACUCUGGCGCACUCGAGGUCGAUGACAAGUGGACCGCGCUCGAGGAUGAGCUGGGAGAGGCGGUGGAACAGGCAGUUGCGAGGGCGACCGCGCCAGCGGGGUACCGGCGCGAACUGGCGCGAUGGGGAGAACAGAUCGGCCCGGAGCAACUCUACGACAUCGAUGCGGCGCUCAAAGACGACGAGUUGGCGGUGCUUGCUGAGGCACGGGAAACCGAAAACGAGGAACAAGAACCCGACCCGUUCGAACAGGAUAACAUCGAGAUCGAACAGCUGCAGGCAAUACCGAAACGCGAGCGCAACCCUGAGGAGAAGAAGCGACUGCGGACUCUCCUCACUCGGCGAUCCGCCCGACAAGCGUACCGGCGCAAGCGACUGAUCGAGCAGGGGUGGACAGCAGAGAAGAUUGAGCAGGCCGGCGGACCGGACGGCGCAUUCAUCCUCACGACCGACAAGGACAAGGCGCUCAAACAUGCCAUUGGUAUGCGGAGCGUCUUGGAGGCAAAGAAGGAGGAAGAGGCGGCCGCCGAGCCAGUCGAUCCACACGUUGCGAGGAUGAAGGACCUCGGCGUGCGCGCACAUGUCACGAAACUCGGAUGGGACGUGUUUGACUUCUCGCGCGUCGCUGAGCUCAUGGAGCUCGUCCGGGAACGGACAGGCGCGGCGGCGGACACCGUCUCUUUCGAGUUGAUCGCCCAACUCUACGCCGAGUUGCUCGUGUAUCUCAAGCCCCUGGUCUACGAGACGAUUUUGCUCGCCGAGCAACAGGCGCUCCUGACGGGAUCGGAAGAGGUCGACCUGGAGCACGUCAACGAAGCUCGUGCCCUGCGGGGCGAGCCUCGCCCGUACACUAUUCUCUCUGAUAUCGUCAACGGCUGGGUCGCUGCGCAACGGCGGGAGAAUGGCGACUCCAACCCAGCCCCAGGGUCUCCAGCACCGAGCGGCGUUCCUCAUGAGCGGUCACGAGCGACCACACCGGUGGCUUCACCUCGGCCCCGCUCGACAGUAGCUACGCCGACCACCCCAUCGGCUCGUAGCGACCCCGCCUCACCUCAGGAGCGGCACGAUGACCUCCCGCCCUGGUCGUCCUUUUGGGGCCUCGAGCCACGGGUCGACGACGAUGCCCCGGAGGCAGCUCCCGUGUCGACAGAGACCGACGAAGAGGACGAGGAGCUGGACGCCGCGCUCGAGGAGGCGGACAAGAAGCUCGACAAUGUCCUUAUGAAGGAGCUUUGGGCCGCGGUGGACGAGGAUAACCCGGAUAAAGUUAUCGACACGACACCAUGGCUCGAGGAUGCGCCUGAGGGCGAUAUCGACGAAGACGACGAUGAUGAUGCCAAUCAUGCCAACGGAACGAAGGACCGCCGGAAGCGCCAGCGCCGUCGUAAUGUUGAGGAGUUUGAGGACCUCGACGGGCUCGACGAGCUUACUGAUCUUCUCCACGCACAAGAGGCCUAUAGGUCCAUAGCUGUCUAUACCGAGACUGCACGCCGGCAGCGCAGGUAUCGCCGUCUCAUGUCGGACAGCAUGUUUAUGGGGCGCAAGCGGAAAGAGGCCCGGCAGCAUUACAAGAGCGACGUUAUUGUUCAAGACGGGGAUUCUAUCUUGCUACUCAACAGCGACGACGAGGUCACCAGCAACAACGAGGACACCGACGACGACGACAGCGAGAUUGACUUUGAACAACUCGACCCCAGUGAUGACGAGCGCGAUAGUCCACCCCCAGCAGACCACUUCAGCGAGGACGCGCCCAACAGUCACGACGACGUGGAGGAUGGCGAAAGCGAACAGGACUAUGCGCCUACACCGAGGGAGCCUAAACAUGCGCCGACGCCACGCGAGGAGAAGUACACAUCCGAUGGGAGCGACAGCGACGGCAGCGACGACGCCGCCGCCGAUACCUACGCCGCUGCAGCCCCAACGCCCCGGGAAGUCAAGCCUGCUCUUACACCACGGGAGGAAAAAUACAGCGAGUCGGACAGUGAUGAGGGCACGCCGCCUCCAGUCGAGACGCACCCCGAGUCAGUGCACAGCCCAAGCGACCACGACAUGGAGUCUAUCCACUCGGCGUCCGACGCAGAGAGCAUUGAGGAGCCUGGUACUUUUGCCGACGACAAUCGCGCUGCGGAAGACGACGAGGUCGAGAGCGCCAGCGAACGUUCCAAGCCCUCGACUCCGGGCGCCUCGACGCCCAAGGAGAACCCGUACCUCGCGCACCUGAGCGGCGACAAGCGCGCGCAGAGCCCCGCGGGCGACUUGUCGAACGGCUAUGGCUCGACGUCGAACGGCAAGGUCGACAACCCGCUCGCGGGCCUCGUGCCGCGCAAGGUGACGACGGCGCAGGCCAAGAAGAUCAUGGACGGCGACUACAACCCGUUCAAGGGCCUCGCUCCCUUCUCCCCUUCGUACAAGAAGAUCCUGGAGGGCCGCAAGAAGCUCCCCGUCUACGACAAGAUGGACGAGUUCCUCUCCGUCUUCACCGAGAACCAGAUCACGGUCAUGGAGGGCCAGACCGGAUCCGGAAAGACGACGCAGAUCCCCCAGUUUGUGUGCUACUCGGACCUGCCCCACCUCCGCGGCAAGAUGGUCGCGUGUACCCAGCCGCGUCGUGUUGCUGCCAUGUCGGUCGCGAAGCGUGUCGCCGACGAGAUGGACGUGCAGCUUGGAAAGCAGGUCGGUUACUCCAUCCGUUUCGAGGACAUGACCGAGCAAGGCACCACCUUCCUCAAGUACAUGACCGACGGUAUGCUCCUCCGCGAGGCCAUGAACGACCCGAUGCUCGAGCGUUACUCGACUAUUAUUCUUGACGAGGCGCACGAACGUACCCUUGCCACCGACAUUCUCAUGGGUCUGCUUAAGGACAUUGCCAAGCGCCGCGCCGACCUCAAGAUCAUCGUCAUGUCCGCCACCCUCGACAUUGACAAGUUUGCCCGCUACUUUGGCGACAACACGCCCUCGGGCCUCGCACCCGUUGUGCGCGUGUCUGGUCGCACCUUCCCCGUCGAGACCUUCUUCACCCAGGAGCCCGAGCAGGACUAUGUCGAAGCCGCCAUCAGGACGGUGCUCUUCAUCCACCAGGCGGAGGACGAGGGCGACGUGCUGCUCUUCUUGACAGGUGAAGAAGAAAUUGAAGACGCGUGCAAGAAGAUUCGCGCAGAGGGAGAGGAGCUGGCAAACAAGGGAAUGGCUGGCCCAUUGCUUGUCGUGCCGCUCUACUCGUCCCUCCCCCCGCACCAGCAGCAGCGCAUCUUCGACCCCGCACCUCCCCCCAGCCGCUCGGGAUUGGCAGGCCGCAAGAUUGUCGUGUCGACCAACAUUGCCGAAACGUCGCUCACUAUCGACGGUAUCGUGUACGUUGUCGACCCUGGAUUCUGCAAGCAGAAGGUCUACAACCCCCGUAUCCGUGUCGAGUCACUGCUUGUCUCGCCCAUCUCCAAGGCCUCGGCCAUGCAGCGUGCCGGUCGUGCAGGCCGUACCCGCCCCGGCAAGUGCUUCCGCCUCUACACCGAGAAGGACUUUGUCAAGGAGCUUGAGGAGCAGACGCACCCCGAAAUCCUGAGAUCCAACCUCGCCAACACUGUGCUCGAGCUCCUCAAGCUCGGCAUCAAGGACCUCGUCCACUUCGACUACAUGGACGCUCCUGCCCCCGAGACCAUCAUGCGUGCCCUCGAGCUGCUGCACUACCUCAAGGCGCUCGACGACGAGGGUAACCUCACCGAGCUGGGCCGCCUCAUGGCCGAGGUGCCCCUCGACCCCCAGCUCGCCAAGAUGCUCAUCGUCUCGCCCGAGUUCAACUGCAGCAACGAGAUCCUCUCGCUCACUGCCAUGCUCUCGGUCCCCAACGUCUUCAUGCGCCCCUCCAACCAGCGCAAGGAGGCCGACAUGGCCAAGGCGCAGUUCACGCACCCCGACGGCGACCACCUGACCAUGCUCAACGUCUACCACGCGUACAAGCAGAACGAGCACGACGCCAAGAACUGGUGCUGGCAGAACUACCUCAACCAGAGGUCACUGAUCCAGGCCGACAAUGUGCGCACCCAGCUCAAGCGCAGCAUGGAGAAGUUUGACCUCGACCUCGUGUCCACGGCGUUCGAGGACAAGAACUACUGGAACAAUAUCCGCCAGGCGCUCGCCUCGGGCUUCUUCAUGCAGGUCGCGCGCAAGGCCGACAAGAACUCGUACCAGACCAUCAAGGACAACCAGGUCGUCCGUCUCCACCUCUCGUGCGGCCUCGACCACACGCCCGACUGGGUCAUCUACAACGAGUUUGUCCUCACCACGGCAAACUUUAUCCGCACUGUCACCGAGGUCCGGCCAGAGUGGUUGAUCGAGAACGCCCCAGAGUACUUUGACCCCAAAACCUUCAGCGACGCCGAGACCCGCCGCGCCCUCGAGCGCGUCAUCAACAAGGCUCUCGACAAGAAGCUCUCAAAGGAGGACAAGAAGAAGAAGCGCAAGGAGCGCCACUAGAGAAUGAGAGACAAAGAGAGAGGGAGGAGAGUUUGGCACCUGUAAUACGAACCCUGUCCGUAACCAGCAUUUCGUUUUCCAUAUUAUGCAUCUCGCCCAAGGUUGGGCAUAGACAAGUAA